GCCUUACACUUUUAUUGCGCAUGCGCACUGUGAUCAUGCAAAGUAACGCACCGAGGACCUUUCUUCCACUACCCCCAGAGCGCAUGGGGAGGGUUUCUGUGAGGUUGGUGUUAGUUUGGCAUCGUGUAUAUAUGUGUGUGUGUUUUUCUCCGAACGAUCAGCUGCACUUCUUCUUGCCUGUAGUGGUAGUUAGACUGUCCUGCUGGGGUUGUGAGACAGACAGUGUUGGGCAGGAGAUAUUUACUCCACCGCGCAAGACUUUUAAAUAUGUCUACAAAUAAAGUCAAGAAAGUAAAAAUGGCUACCAAAUCAUGCCCCGAAUGUGACCAACAGAUUCCCGUAGCUUGCAAGUCCUGUCCUUGUGGUUAUGUUUUCAUCAGCCGAAAGCUUCUGAACGCGAAGCUGAAUGAGAGAUCUUCUGCCGCAAUAGACAAACUGGAUGCAAAACGACGAAGGACAGAAAGAAUAAGAAGGGAGAAAAUCAAUUUAACAUCUACCAAUGAUAUGGAGAAUAGGAGGCAGUCCCGCUCCAACAGCCAAUCAGACCCAAUCCGGAGAGGGCGGGGCAGACCAAAGACUGUUGGCCUGAAGAAGCAAGAAGAAGAGAAAGAAAAACAGGAAAAGGAGGUUGACAUUUAUGCCAGCCUUUCAGAUGAGAAAGCUUUUGUUUUCUCUGUAGCCUUGGCUGAGAUCAACCGCAAGAUUCUCGGCCAAAGACUCAUCCUGUAGGGGGCAGGGCCAUGAGUGAUUGACAGGCCAAAAUCAAGGCUCCAACUGCAUGAACCUGCAGGUGACCUUUGUGUCGGUGAGAGCAAGGGGUGGGGCGCUGACCCUCGAGGAUCGGAACGCCUGUCGAACCCUCUCUGACAGAUGUUUUGUGGAGUCACAGAUUCAUGAGAAUGCACCUCUUCUGCAUAUACAAAUGAGGGCAAAACUGACUGUUAUUCUCAAAAUGAAAAAUAAUUUUUAUGAACAUGGACAAUGUAGGAAAUUUCUCUAUAUACCUUUAAAUCCAGUUUUAUGAAAUGUAUUAAAGGAUUGGUGUUUUUCUUUGUUUUUUUUCUUUUCUACUCUUUAAAUUGUGGCUUCUCAUAUGAGAAAUGUUCUUCACACUUAUUUCAGUGACUCACUCCCAGUUUUCUACCACAGGAAGGUGUCACGGUGAGGCUGUGUGCUCAAAAAGCCUGUAGUAGCUCCUUAAAGUGUAUCAAUUUUUUAAAAAUGCAGUUUUCCCAUGUCAACAAAACAAUUGUUUAAAGUAAACUUCAGAAUUCUGUCAAGGGUAAAAGAUCAGUAAUAUUUUAAGUGGUACUGAGUCUGCCAACCUUAAUGUCCACCCCUGCCAUGCCAUGCAACUGUUUCUAGGAACAAGGAGUUGACUUAAUGUGAAGAUUUUGUUCAAAGCCUUUACCUAGUUUAUCAAAUAAGAUGGCUGGUGCUGGAACUUAGUAUAAGCUGGUUGACUACAUUGUGGUUUUUAUUCUUUUUGUAUUAUUAUUAUUAUUAUUAUUAUUAUUAUUAUUAUU